UAUUCCGAUUAAUCAUUUCUUUUUCUCAUCUGUUAUUUCCAUUUCAAAUAAAAAGAGGGCACAAUCCUAAUUGAAAGCAUUACACAUUCGCAACAUUCUAAUGUUUGGCAUUGUUGCAGAUAUAGGCGGAUCCCUUUUUCUACAUUUCACGAACACGGGCUCCCAUGAACCCGCCGCCAAUGACCUAUACCGCGGACGAGAGGGAAAAUCUUCUCUAAGAGAAGGGAUUCGCCAUUCUCUCCUUUCGUAGUACAUCUAGACACACUUAUGACCCGGAUAGUGAAUAUGGCAGUCGAAUAACAUCCUCGCUCUCAUCCCAACUGAACAUCUUCAUUUCACUGUCGCGUGUACCACAACUCGCGAUUCUUCGUUUAGAAUUAAAAAAAAAAAAAAAAAAAAAAAAAAAAAUUCCUUCAAGUUUCUUCUUCGAAAAGAAAAAAAUAAAUAUUCCAUUCCAUAAAUGUGGAAUACUAUUCGUUUCGAUUAAUUUUCGAUAAAUUAUUGUGGUCAAGGGAACAGAAAGAGUCAGUGGGUCACCUUGAGGAAACGCACUUCGUACAUUUGAGGAAUAUAUUUCAGGUAUGGCAAACGUGGUUCCGUGGCUGCUAUCAAUAUGCCUGUUUGGCCUCCAGGAGAUCGCGAUCCAACCUGGAAGCGAUGCGCUUUCACGCAAUCUUGAAACAAACGGUCAAAGAAGUGUGUCUUCAGGCUUUCGCUCGUCUUUAAGAAAUUACAAAACCUUGAUAUCGAGUCAUGAUGAGCUUCCUGGCCAUAUAAAUUGCGACUCAUUCAAGUUUGAGGAAGAUUUGAUGAAUAAAUUGCCUACCACUCCAGAAUACAACAAUCAUCUUUAUGGCUCAACACCAGAUUCGAGAGAUUAUUUUUCAAGGCCUUUCGAGAAAAGAUUGCAUUCGAGGUUACCUGGAAGAAAUUUCAACUUACUCAGGACAGAUGCAAAUUCGGUAAAUGAACUAGAGUCUCAUGGAUUUAAUUAUGAUCCAGGUCGUGGACACAUUGAGGACGACUAUGUUGGUCCUGCUAUGGAAUUAGUUUAUGCAUGGUCCACUAUCGAUUACACUUAUGACAGCAUCGAAGCUCGAGAUUCGGCUAUCUUCGAUGGAGAUUUUAUAGCUGAAAACAAUUUACCUUUGGGACUCGAAGUUUGGAGAGAUAAAGUUUUCAUUACUCUUCCAAAAUGGAAAGAUGGUAUUCCAGUCACAUUGACUACCAUACCCAAACAUUCGAAGACAAAAAAUCCAAAAUUGAGACCUUAUCCGAACUGGGAAUGGCAUACAGUAGGAAACUGCGAUGGACUAACUUCCGUCUUCAGAAUUCAAGUGGACGAAUGCGAUCAUCUUUGGAUCUUAGACUCUGGUAAAGUGGAUAUAGCGAAAGGAGGCAAAUUGGCUUGUCCUCCAGCGAUCUUUAUCUUCGAUUUAACCACAGAUACUCUUAUCAGAAAGUACAUUAUACCAAAAGAUCAAGUAAAAGAAGACUCCUUGUAUACCAAUAUCGUUGUAGAUAUCAGAAACGAGGAUUGUGGCUCAGCAAUAGCUUAUAUCUCCGACGUGUUCCGUUAUGGAUUGUUAGUAUAUGAUUUCUUCAAAGACUCCUCUUUCAGAAUUCAACAUCAUUUCUUCUAUCCUGAUCCCUUGGCUUCUAAAUAUGAACUUCAUGGCAUAAAAUUCCAAUGGACAGACGGGAUUUUUGGAAUGGCACUAAGUCCAGUGGAUAUUCACGAUGACAGGACACUAUUCUUUCAUCCUAUGUCUAGUUUUCGAGAGUUUGCUGUUUCCACGUCUAUUCUUGGGGACAAGAAGACAGCUGAAGAGAAUACUGAUUACUUCAUGCCUAUUGGCAGACCCAGAGCCAAAGAUUAUGGUCAUUCUUCAGGUUCCGUGAUUGAUAGAAAUGGAGUAAUGUUCUUUAAUAUGGUGACUAGAGAUUCUGUCUGGUGUUGGGAUACUAGAAAAGAGUACAUACCUCAGAAUCUUGGUGUCAUAGGUACUAGUAAUUUAUCUUUGGUCUUUCCAAAUGAUAUCAAGGUUGACCAUGAAUAUGAUCAAAAUGUAUGGGUGCUCUCUAAUAAGUUAGCUAUGUAUCUUUACGGAAGCAUCGAUAGCAGCAAGAUUAACUAUAGAAUAUUCAAAGCCAAUAUCAAAGAAGCUGUCAAAGACACUGUUUGUGAUCCUAAUUAUGUUGUGCCUGGUUCUGAACAUGGUUAUGACGAAAUUUGUUGAAAAUUAUUUAAAAGACAUUGAUGACAGAUGUAGGAUUAUAUAGUGAAGAAAAAUAUGAAUAUUUAUAAAUAAAAGAUAAUGAAUAUUUAUAAAAAUUAAGGAAAGAGGAUAAAGCAAUGUUAUCCAAUCUUUUUUGAAUUAUAAUUUCCUUUUGCAAUAUUCAAAUAAUUUGCGAUUCCCACUUCCAUAUAAGCUAACUAGACACUGCCUUUAACUAAUGAAAAAAUGACUUUGAUAUACUUAAAAUAUGGCAAAUUAUAAUAUUAUAAUUAAUAAAAUAAAUAUAAAAAUUAUCAAUAACAGAAGCAAUUUUCUAGGAAUUACUUGACGAUAAUCAAAGGCAAAGAUUAAGAAUUAGGAUGGAUAGCAAUUGAUUCUCUUACUUCGGGAAAGCGAAUAUGAAUAGAUGUUAUAAUUUUAAUUAUAAGAGAUUAAAAGAAAAAGCAACUACCUCGAAUUCGCUUUCUUCUGAAGUAAUAGAAAAGUUUCAUAUUUUUGAACUCUAAAAAUAAAUGAAUUCUAAACAUUUACUGUGUUUUUUUGAUUACAUUUUUUGAUUUAGUUGAUCACAUUGAUUCGUAAUCAGGG